GGAGUAUAUAUUUUUGUGUUAUACCUUUUCUAAUCAUGAGUAUAGAAGAUCGUAGCCCCAGGCUAGAGACAAUAGUCCAAAUAUUAAAGCAAAUCCAUUCCAAAUUUCAAUAUUAUUUGAGUAUGAGAUCGAAUACGACGACCUUGUUCUAGGGUUAUGGGUUAUGUUGUUACUGAUAUGAAAAUCAGAAUUAUGAGUCAAUCGUGCCUUCUCCAUAGAGGUGUGAUCUGUAAUGGAAGAAAGCAGCGGAUUUAGCGCGGUAGUUAGAGAGAAGAAACUGCCGUAAGGACUCUAACGUGACCGUGAAUUUCCUUAAAGGCUAUUUAGCUUAUUUUUACUAACUUAUGAUAUUAACUUAAAGUUACCUAUUAAAGUGUGUACAUACACCCAAUUUUCUCUUUUAAAAUUUCAAAAUUUCCAAUUUUCCCCAUUUUUGUUUCCAUAUUCAUUAAUGUUUUUAUUAACUCCGGAUCAUUUUCAUCAUUCAAAAAAACGAGAGAACCCCACUGGCUCAACCACUUUGUCUCUCUAUCUGUCUCGUUGAUAAUUUGUAGGGGUCCAUACUCCAUAGUUAAUCAAACAGUUCCUUGGCUCUAAACCACUUAUUUUCUUCACUAGUUGAAAAAACUUUGGUACCUUUUAAGAUAAGGUGUAAUCAUGUAGUUUAAAACCCUAAUCUUUAACCAUCUUUGAAGUAGUUCAAAAUUGAAAAAGUAAGCAUUGUAUACAUCUCUCCCAUUCUUUAAGUAGUUCCCUUUUCUUUUGGUUAUUUGGACUCUGAAGAUUCCUUGUGUAGGCUUUGCUCAGAGGACCAAAGAUUCAGCACACUGUUCAUAUGGCUUGGAGGAACAAGAUGCCCAAUUUCAGUAAUGUGUUUCAGGGUACCGCAAUGGAGGUGGAGCCAGGAUGCCCACACACAAUUAAGUCCCAUGGUUCAACAGUUGCAUGGGAUCACAAACUAGACUGGCUCAUUCUCCUCUUCCUCCUGCUCUUGGAGGUCAUCCUCUACAUGAUAGGUCCAUUCUAUCGUUUUGUAGGUGCUGACAUGAUGUCGGAUCUCAAAUACCCCAUGAAAGAGAACACUGUCCCUGUUUGGGCAGUUCCUAUCAUUGCAAUUCUUUUGCCUAUUGUGAUCUUCAUUUUCUUCUACCUUCGAAGGAAGGAUGUCUAUGAUCUACACCACAGUAUACUAGGACUUUUAUUUGCUAUACUAAUAACUGCCGUCAUGACGGAUGCAAUAAAAAAUGCAGUUGGCCGCCCUCGACCUGACUUUUUCUGGCGUUGCUUUCCAGACGGACGGGAUCUUUAUGAUCGUUGGGGCAAUGUAGUAUGCCAUGGUAAAGAAAGUGACAUAAAAGAAGGGCAUAAGAGUUUUCCAAGUGGUCACACUUCAUGGUCAUUUGCUGGCCUAGGUUUCCUAUCAAUGUAUUUAGCAGGGAAAAUUAAAGCUUUUGAUCGUAGAGGACAUGUGGCGAAGCUAUGCAUCAUUUUUCUUCCUCUUCUUGUAGCAUCUCUUGUCGGCGUUUCUCGUGUGGAUGACUACUGGCAUCAUUGGCAAGAUGUGUUUGCUGGGGCCCUCUUAGGUCUUGUAGUGGCAGCAUUCUGCUAUCUGCAAUUUUUCCCGCCCCCAUAUCACUCUCAAGGUUGUACACCUUAUGCGUUCUCCCGAGCUGUGGAAGAGUUUAGAAGUAAUUCACGAACUCGGUCAUCUGCAAAUGGACAAAAUACGUCGCAGUGCUUAGCAUUGCGAGUUGCAAACCAGCCAACCAUUGAUCCACUUCAUAUUUUGGAGUGUGGCAACAGGAUACAGAGAAACAACCUUUGACUCGGUCAGGUCAAACUUUCCAUGUAAGGAUGGACUUGCUUCUUGUAAAUAUUUAGUUAGGUAAGAAUUAUCACUUUUAGUUGCAACAUUCUGUAACCAUUUCCUCCCUUUUCCAUUAGUUGAACCAUAAGUAAACUUCCCUCCUUUUCUCUAUUAUCACCUUUUCAUUGUUUAGCUCCUAUAAUAAUCAUAUAGUGAGUGUUUGAGGAUGCAUUGAUGCCGGAUGGCCUUGUUGCUUCAAUUGUAUGUACUAUAUGGAUCAGUUUAAAAAUUUAAAAUUGACUUCCUAAGUCAAUGACCAACUCAAAA